GUUAGCAAUUUUGAAAGAAAAAAAAUCCUAGCAAGAAAAAUAACAAGAACAAGAAUAUCGUUCCAUCGUUCCACUCCCCAAAGUAGAGACAGAUUUUUCUCAUUGCAGUGAACUGUGAGGCGAAACGACUCAAUAAAAAUCCAAAAUCAGUGAUAAUUUAGACUAAACCGUUAUGCGAGUUCCCGAUAUAUCAGCAACAGCUGGUUACGCUGCAAACGUAUUCAAUCCUAUCGGCAUUCAAAGAGACACCACUAGCACAAACGCCUUCAUUUCAGCACUGGGAAACGAUCACAAUAAAUUCGAGAAUAUAUCGGCAGGGACAGGAACCGGACACUAUUACCGGGAGCCGACUAACACAAAUUAUGCGUCAACAGCAGAUGAAUUUGUGCAGAAGGCUCUAAGCUCAACACCGACUGAGUAUUCAGCAGCGCAGGGCCUAAACGAUAAUCUGUCACAUUAUUGUUGCGGAGAGAUACCGAAAAAUCUAACGAAUCUCCAGUCAUCGGAGCAAUCCGAUGAGUGCUAUGACAAAGAAGCCAAUACCAGUGGCAACACCUACAAAAGCUUUAAAGAGAUAUUCAACACAAACAAGAGCUUCUAUGAGGAUUGUGUUCGAGACUUUGAGAAUAUAAAUCUCCUUAAAAAUGUUGUAGAUCAAGCCAAUGACACCGAUGUCGUUGGCCAUACGUCACAUGUGAUUCGGUCGCACGAAAACCAGAACAGCAAUAACGAAUGUGCCCUGUACAGUAGUAAGAACUCCUUUGACAAUGACUUUAAUCAAUAUAGCGUUACGAAGUGUGAACACUUGGAACAGCAACAGAACCGUUGUAGGACUCCACCUAAAGGCACUCAAGCACCGGUAGACGAGUGUCUGCAGCUGCCCGAUGAUAAUGACUACGACGAUCAUUCCAUGAUCGAUUUGUGCAGUGAGACCAAAUCAAACUAUGACAGUGACGAGAAAGACGAAGAAUUUCUGACGUCAGCAUCAUCGUCAACGAUAUCCUUGCACACUCAAAAACAUUCCUUUUUCCCCAGAGGCAUUAUCAAUCCCAAUUACCCGGGAUUCCAGCACCUGGCCCAUACGCUGUCGGAACAUUUUGUGACGAGUUCUCCAUCGGAGUCCUUCGAGAGUGAUAUGUCAGAAUAUGAGAUGGACCUGAGUGCGGAUAGUUUCGACAGCCUGACCGAGGACAGAUCGCAGAUAGAGUUGAACAACUUCAAUAAUAACACCACACAGUCUAUAACCAUGAACCCGGAUGGAUAUCCCAAUCAUCGCCACGAAAAUUUCGAUUAUAUCCACGAAGAAGAGGGCGAUAUGUAUUUGGUGGAUUGUGACAAGGGUCAUCGACCAUCUUUAAACGAUGACGAGCCCAAUCGCAACAGCCAACAGUCGGACAAUAAUCCCUUCAAUCUUACCGACUUGCAGGACGGAGUGCAAAGCAAGUUGACACUGUUAGAAGCGGAGCAGAAUAAUACGACUCAAAAAGACCAGGUGCCAGUGUCAAUAACACCCGAUAUUCUGAUAAAGAACCCCCACCACCACCAUCAUCACCAUCAUCACAACCCCCAGAACCACCAACAACAAAUUGAGACUCAGUUCAAGAAGGAAAACCGACCCGAUUUGCUGAGAGGUGUCAGUCCACACAGCAUUAAGGAGUCGAUGCAUCAAUCGGAGCCACCUCUAACGGUGGACAUACACCCUCAAAGCCACAACGGCUUCAAUGCUCGCCAUGCCGAGAUGAAGGACGAAAUGUCAUUCGGCCUUACCCCCGUCGAUAUUAUCGGAGACUUUGGUCAGGAAGUUGAAAGGGAGUUUGGGCUGCUAGUCAGUGGCUAUCGACGUUUGGUCGAUACCCAGGAUAAUACGCUUACCCUAAUGGAAGAUGGUGAAAAGAUAUCAGAUGCCGCAUUGUCCCAGGCAAAGGAUCACAUUGAUUCCAGUAAAUAUUUAGAUGCCUUCAAUAAGCAAACGGAGGAGAAUCGUAAUCGCACUACUACUUUACCAGAUCUGGCCGAUGACAAUGCUGUUGACAUUCCAAUGCCCACACAGAAUGACGACGACGAUUCCAAGCAGAUGGCGGGAGACUCCAGCAUGGAACAACAAUUGUCGUCCUCCAAUCCCUCGGAGAAUCGUCGAAAGCCCAAAUACCAAAAAUCUUCCUAUGACGAUCGCCAAUUGCCACCGGUGGCCAUCGAGUAUAAACGUUGUCAGCAGAGCUCGCGAUCUGCCAAAAAGCCCACUACUCACAACGACAAAACGACGACGAAAAUCCAGAAGAUAACACAUUCCAAGCCAAGCAUUGCCAGUCGCAUUCUGCAUCCGAAGCGAAACGGGGCCAAACACGACAAGUCGGACAGCAGUUCCAAUCGCAAACGAGAGGAGGCCGAACUGCACAAAUAUCAGCAGCUGAUCAGCGACAAAGAGGAGAUUCUAAGCAAUAGCAAAUAUGCGAAGCUCUCAUCGUGGGCCCAGCAUCUGAAGAACUCGGUCAAAGAUCGAGGCUCCCGCAACAGUACGGAUUUGAUAUCGCCAAGCGCAUUGGAACUCUUUGAUGCCUAUAAAAUCGGAACGGAAAUCGAUAUGGAACAGCUGCAACAACAUCUGAAAAUGGCAAAGGAGAUAGAACGACAGAGACGCAAUGAUCGGGAAGAAAUACGGCGCCGUUUGGCCAUGGGAGCUGAGGAAAACUGCAAUGAGCACCAGGAGAGAUCACCAUGGAAAUCGGGCACCCAAUCACGCUUACAGAGCGAUUUUUCUCGCAUUACCGGCAUGUCAUCGGACACAGAAAGCCAUAGUUCAGAUUCGGAGACUUGUCCCAAGCUAUCGAAGUCUAAAACACAGUACAGCAUUCACAAUUUUGGCGGUACACCGGUAGCGGUUGCCUCUGUGACCAGUAAAGUGACAGAUAACACUCAAUUACAUCCAUAUCACGGCCGACCACUGUCGAUCAGCUGUUCCAACAACACCAUCAACAACAAUGCUGGAGGCAAGCAAACACCAACACAAAAGGAACAUGACAUGUCGGCCAUAUACAGCAACGAGGAUCUGGAGUGUGAUUUCUUUACCAAACAGGCCAAAUUACAAAUUGAAGCGCGAAUGGCCCUGGCACAGGCCAAAGAAAUGGCCCAUAUGCAAAUGGAGAUUGAACGUCAAAAUCAAUCCGUUUCACCAAUAACCGCCAUCAUACGAGGCUCCUUGGAGAAAGUCGGUGUGCGAAUGACACCGGAUAAACGUCGGGUGUCACGACAAAUGUUGACCGAAAUGAACAUAGCCCAACUGCAGAUUCUGGUCAACAGUCUGCACACACACAUUGAGGAACUUAACGAAACGCUUGUUAACUAUCUUAUGGAGCGCGACGACUUACACGACAGUCAGGACGCAAUGCUAGUCGACAUAGAGGAACUCACACGCUACAUCGGAGCAAAAGAACAUAUCGCCCAGCAGGAACGGAUAUCAGCACUAAAUAAAUUUUCAAAAUAAAAACAAACGUGCACACACACACACACAGUUGUUUUAGUGGCGUAGAAAAAAAAAAGAAAAACAAGAUCGAUCGGUCACAAGGACGACGAAGGCGAUACAAGUUAAUAAUAAUUCUAUUACGAAAAUUUAAUUAUAUAUCUAAAAAAAACAAAAUGAAACUCUUAGAUAAAGGCAAUGUUUAUUAAGUUUAUUAAUUUAAUUAUACCCCAAAGGAUUCUUACAUAACUCUUACUUCAGCCAAGUAUAAACAAACCCACAUACAUACAUAUAUACACUGCAUACUUACGUACACAUAUGCUAUACAUAUAUAUAUAUAAUUAUAUAUAGGUACAUAACAUAAAAAACAAACUCUUACAUAUAUGAACAUAUUUACGAUAAUUUAAAAUUACAAAAACAAAACAUAACAAAAACAGACAAUUCUCAAAACGGCAACAACCACAACAAAAACAAAAAAAAGAAAUUAAAUGAAAUGAAAUAUAAAAAAGAGACAAAAUUAUUAUUACUAUUAUUAUUAGAGUGUUCUGCAAUGCAUCUCUCUUUAAAUAAAAUUUAAACGAGUUACAUUCAAAAUUAACGCAAAUCUAAAGGAAAA